GAUAUCAUGCAAUUAUUCAUAACUGAUAGCUUUUAUAUGACAUAUCAGCUGACUCAGUACAUUACUAUAGACGAGCAUCAAAAAACGUGUUUUAGUUCAUAAAUUAAAAGCAGUGAAAAAAAAAACAAACAUGGACAGACCAGCACCCCCUCCUUACUCCGGGUACCCGCCAGGCCCACCAGGGCCGCCCCCGGUCCAGGUCACCCACGUGGUCCCUGGCGCCGUCAUCAUCCAGCACCAGAUCGUUGGUCCGGAUUCCACCCUCAUCACCUGCCGGUCUUGCCACCAGAGUGUAAUCACGAGGAUCGAUCGGAGACCAUCGACGAGGACGCAUGUGAUUGCGCUUCUGCUUUGUCUUUUUGGCUUCUGGCCCUGCGUAUGUCUCCCUUACUGCAUGGACUCAUGUCUGAAUACCGAUCACUACUGCACAAAUUGUGGAGCAUUCAUUGGAACUUAUAUCGGAUAGAUUUAUUGCAUACCUGUCAUCUAGCAUACGAGUAGAUCGCGUUCUUGAACGCGAGUCGAUUCGAUACAUCUAGCGCGAUUUUGGGUAUGGACUCGCGCGCGAGAGCGCAAGUUGUGCUGAACUUCUUUUCCCAUGAUGUUCCUGUCCGACAACCGAAUUGACUUACCUACUCGUAUUUAUACCUUUAUACCACGUCAAACGAGAGAGGAUCCAUGCCGAUAGAUGAAUCAGUUAUUAUUACUCUAAAGGAAAAAUAAUUAUAGGUACUUAUUGUAAGUAAUAAACAAUGUGAUUGGAUUUCUGCGUUAAUAUUUAUUUACUGCAGUAUGUAUUGUAUGCAUUUGCGUACGAAAAUACACCAAAACAGCAGGAAAAUAAGCAGAUCAUCAAUAAAAAUAAUAUUUUAACUGUUGACAUAUACUUGUUGUUAUUUUUUUUUAUGAAUAAAAACAUUAUGAUGUUACAUUUA